CUCCAGGCUUUGAAUCAGCUUCAGUCAAAGGAGAUGGAAUGGAGAAAGCAGAGCUGCCUUCUCCAAGCAGCAGAGCACCCUGUAUUCCUCACGAGCUUCAGAGAACUGGACAAAGUAUUCUGCAUUCACCAAGGGCAAACGAAUCUACUUCGGAGAAAGGCACACACGCGAUAAAGGAGAAUGAAAAAGCUUGCUGACGUGCUGAUACACGGCUGAUAAGAAAAACAAAAAGCCACUUGAAAAAAAACAGUUGAGUUUUAGUCGAAGCCAGAAGCUCAACUGGUCUCUUUUCUCUCCAAACGUCAAGAAGAUGUUUCCAACGAUACUGAAGAUACUUCCAAUUCUAGCCACUCUUGCAGGUCACGUCUGCGGAGUUGUGGUGACUGUUCCUGAGAAGACAGUGAACGUCAAGACCGGUGGGAAUGCAACCCUCCUCUGCACGUACACGAGUUCUCAGCCGCUGGGAAACUUCUUCAUCCAGUGGAGCUUUUACAGUGCCAAAGAGAGCCAACUGCACACUCCUUCCCCGUGUCACGGUAUUCUGAGUAUGGAUGAAAAAUCAAUCAGUCAAUGUCAAAAGAUGGUGUAUGUGACAGAUGCGCGGGGAAGAUGUAGCUGGAGAUACAAGAUCUACUAUUACUCAGAAGGACAGUCUUAUUCCUAUGGAGAGUUUAAGGACAGGAUCACGGCUGCAACAAGUCCAGGGAAUGCGUCAAUAACAAUCUCCAACAUGCAGCCCUCCGACACUGGUUCCUACACCUGUGAAGUUUUCAGCCCCCAGGAUGGUGCUGGACAGAGUCAAAAAUCGGUGAUUGUCAAUGUGCUGGUCAAACCUUCAAAGCCUCUCUGCAAGAUAGAAGGAACGCCUGAAAAAGGCCAUCUAAUCUACCUCUUAUGCAAGUGCGACCAAGGAUUGCCUCACCCCACCUACCGCUGGUACAAAGUAGAUGAGAACACCCUCACCCCAGUGACUGAACAGUUCAAUCCAGACACGGGCAUUCUUUACAUUGGGAAUCUCACUACCUUUGAAACAGGAUAUUACCGAUGCAUAGCCAGCAACAUCAUGGGGAACAGUACUUGUGAGCUCGACCUAACUUCAAUGCAUUCUGACAGUAAUAUUGUUGCUGGAGCAUUAAUUGGAGCAAUUCUGGCAGCUGUUGUCAUUUGCGCUAUCGUCUGGGUCUUAACCAAGAAGGCAAAGAAAAAGAAGUCAUCAAGUAAUGAAAUGCAAGUAAUGGCUCAGAAAGAAUCCAAUGCAGAGUAUGCUCAGGUACCUAAUGAAGAAAAUGUACCUGCAACCACAGUUCUAUCAAGCAACGCGACAAACGAACAACCUAGUGCUGAUGAAGCAGCAGCGUCUGAAACACCUGAAAAUGAUGAGAAGCACGAAGUGGAAAAAGAAGAAACAGCCUGAAGUUCAUUUUAAUACAGUUUUCCUCGUUCGCUUUGGAUCACGUUAUAAGAAAAACAACAAAAAACAUCACUGAAUUAACACAGCACUGUGGCUAAACUCAUUUGUAUUGUGAACCGCUGGAUUGAAAAGGAUGGUACAGACACACUUUGAGAAUAGCAGAUGUGGCCUUUAAAGUUAACCAAAUUUAACUUAUUAUCUAGUUAUACAUAAAUGUAAGUAUGAAAAAAAUACCAUCUGCAAUCAUCCAACCUAGUUUGCAAAGCUAAUUAGAAAAUGGUCUCAAUUUUUGGAGACACUGCUUUCAAUCUUGUGCACUGCAGAGAAACGUGUCUGACUCAGGGAUCUGCUAUGUUUGGGCAUUUAAGACUUUUAUAGGAUCUACUAUUCAUAAAUCCUUUGGUGACUGUUCUAGCCUGUAACUGUUAGUAAUAUUACACAUUCAUCUUUAAAAUAGAUGAUAUAAAGAUACAACUGUGCUAAAAUUUUUCAAUGCAGUUCCUACAGCUAAGUACCUUCACCAACACAUAAGCCCUGAGGUCCUAGUCAAGAUUCAGGUAGAAUCAUAAAACGUAACUGUAUUCAUUGUUCUUUCCACAUAGUUUUGUAGCUUGCAAGAGAUUUGAUGCAUGCGUUCCAGCCUUCAGCCUCAUUUUAGAGGAAGAAAGCAUUUACAACAUUCUAGUAACACAGUUUUAGCUAAGAACUGCUGGUGACAGAACAUGGGUCAAACCCUUACUAGUGCCAGCACUGCCUCAUUCUAUCAGCAGAUCUAUGCACUCCUUUCCCUCCAAAAUACCCAGAGUAAGUCACAACCUGUAUAUAUGCUUCUUCUUAAUCAGGCAUUUCUUUUAUUAAAUCACAGAUUUUACUAAGCAAAAUCUGCAAACUCUAACUAUGCAAUCUAGCUUCAGAGCCUCGAUGAGUACUUUUUAGAUUCACACCCAAACAGUUUCAUAAGCACGCAACAACCUGUCACUAAGCACAAGCAGUAACAGCAGCAGUGCCAUUUGGGUGCCAUUUCUUAGCAAUGAUGUUGCCUAAUGAGAUAAUUCAAAUGAAUUAUUGGUCCAAGGGAGACCACUACUGCUAAUGCUACUAAUGCUGCUGGCAUUAACUUUAAAUAGCUUCUUCUCUGGUGCUCCUAGGCCUUUUUCCACUCUUGCCUUUCAUGGACGAAUCUACGCAGCUCUCUUCAUGACACAUCUUUAGUUGUGUUAGUUCUAAAGUAAUCUCCUGUAUUGUGUCACUUAUAUUUUUCUUACAGUAAGGCGUACAAAUCUCAGGUCUCCACAGCUACACCAAUGUAAUUGUAUGGGGGGUGGGGGAGAAUAUAUUAUGUGGUCAUCAUCAUCAGUUUUUAAUCUUUCCUUAUCUCCACACAUUUCUCUGCAUGUGUUCCUCAUAUAACUGACUAGAGUAUGGCAGGGGCUUAUUCUGGUGAAUUUGUUAUUACGUUGUACAGCUAUGUUAUACAACUAAUGCAAAGUUCCUAGACCACCACAUUUGCUAAAAAAUAGAACCUGCUCACGUCAUGUUAAUGUUUUUAUAUAAAACAAAGAAUGCAAGUUCUUGAUAAAUAAUCCCUCCCUUACUUCUACCCAGCACUUUGUAAUAGUUUAAGAACAAUCCAACAAAACAAAAACCCAAAGAAACAAACGGAAAAAAAGCAGAACGGAUUGCUGGGGAUGAGGAAAAUAAUAAAUACAUUUGUUUGGGGUUUCCUAAUACAGAAAUGUUUCUGUGAGCCUUCUCACAGAUGUUUGUCCUCAUUAUGAAGGUUCUCUCAUGUAAAAUAAUUGAUAAUGAAGAACAGGUUUGUAGCUCUCCAUGGAUGCUUUUGACAAAGCUCAAGCCAAAUUAGAUAUUGAUGCACGGCAUGCAGCUCAAAAACCCUGCAGAGCUAUGCAGGAUGCACAGUCUUUCAGAAUUUGCCUCAGAUGUUCCAGCAGUCUUACCUGCAUUGACCAUUUAUCUCCUCCUGAGGGAGCAGGGGUCAUUAAUAUGGGAAGUAGGUACUAAGCCAACAUUCGAGCCAUCAUCAUCCAGGGAUGUGGAUUUACAAAGCUACAGAGCUGUAGCAGUUUUAGGGUGGUUUUUUCGUUUCUUUUCUAUAUAAAGAUUAAGGACCAACACAGAAUUGUAUCUUCCAAUUCAAGUUUUCAGCAGCAUCUGCAUAACACAUAAGAAACAACAUUUACCCAGUUAAGUUUCUGCUUCCAGCAAGGCCUGCAGAGCCAGGGGUUACUGUAAAGGCAAGCUUCUGCCACUGCUCUCAGUAGGUACUCUCAAUGAAAUUUAACCUGCAUUUUUCUUUCUAGGCUAGAGUAAGUAAUUGGUGAAGAUAUUUGUUUGGAUCUAAGUUUCUGUCUUGAUUAUCUAAAUAGAUUGCAUUAACUUAAUCUCUACCAGUUAAACUGCAGAAACUGUCAUCAUCUUCUGUUUCAGCACUUCCUUGCAGCUGAAAAAACCCCUUCUAUCUCCAUACUGCGUAAGAGGUGGCAGGCUUUCAGCUGACUUGCUCAUUUUGUCCCAUGCACAAAAGCUAUUUUAGAAAAUACUGGUUUUGUUACACGUAAGUUUAAUAAAGUUUUAUAACACCAAA